CUCCACAACAAGUUCGUAGUCACAUUUUCAAGUAUAAAAAUGGAAUACUGUGGUGAUAAAUAUGAGGGUGAGACUCAUAACAACAGGUUGUUUGGUCUUCAGUAAAAUUUAAUCUGAAGGUUGGAGGGAUUUGGAAAGUAUUCACUGCCUACUGGGACAUAUUACGAAGGGGAAAUGUUUGACGGUAUGUUUCACGGAGAAGGAACUCUCCAUUUUCUGAAUGGAAGUAAAUAUCAUGCAACAUGGGAAAAGGGAAAACCUAAAAAUGGAGAGACAAUAUUUUCAGACGGUCUCAGAUACACAGAAGGAGCUCACUAUGUCGAUGAAUUCGAUAGGAGAUUUUAUACAGAAAUAUGUUCUGGUAUAAAGCCUGCAGGAAGGUCACAAUUAGUAGACAAAGAACCGAGAACACAAAUACCAGACGGAUGCUACGAUACUGGUGAUGGUUUCUACAAUCCGUUGACAAGAGUAGUAACAGACUAUAACGGAUGUUUUCUUCGCAAUGCAGAUCAUGAGGAGCACACAUGGAUUGUCGCCAAGUGUAGGAAAGCAUGGGAUGAACAUGUCGGCGCCACGUAUGACUCGGAAACUAUUAGGCGGAGAGUGAAACCUUACUGACGAGAUACUAAGGUCUGAUUCAAAUAACACUAGAAAUAUAUUUUUUCUCAAAUAUAA